UACUUGCUUUGUGUACCCACACUGUCACAAUUUGUCGUAACCCAAAUGCACAUUAUUUUUCUUCAUUUGUUUUCCAUUCCCAUUUCAUUAGCUGUAAUUUUUCUGCCCUUUAAAUACCUCUCUCUCUCCCCUUUCUCGCACCCAAGCCAAAAUCUUCUUCUCUUUAAUCAUCCUCCUCAUCUCCCCACAAACACUCAGAAUUAAAAAAAUAUAUAUAUAGAAAAAGAAAAAUCUCUUACGAGAACCAAAAAGAAAAAAAAAAAAAAAACUCUCAUGGAGAUGGAGCCAAGCACACCACAAGUGGCCAAAAAAAUAUGGCACAUAAUACGUGUGGUAUUCUUCAUGCUAAGAAAAGGCAUAUCAAAGAGCAGAAUAAUGGUGGAUCUACAUUUGAUGCUCAAAAGGGGUAAUAAGCUAGCAGGGAAGGCCAUAGGCAACCUCAUGUACCACCACCAUAAGUCCUCCUUCAGUUGUCGUUCCAAUGAUGCUCUUUCCUUCAUCUCCCCACGAGAAUACGAAUUCAGCUGCAGCAAUAGCCCUGCAACUAUCAACCCUUUCCUUGCCCACAAGCGCAAGCACCACCAUCACCACUUCCAUUUCGCCAAGUCUUACAAAUACGACGAUGUCACCACUGUGGCUGCGGUGCAGAAGAUGCAGAAGAUGCUUGAGAUGUUGAACAGUGAGGUGGUGGAGGCUUCACCUAUGGUGUUGCCUGGGUUUGGAAAGAGCCCAAUGGUGAGGCAACUGAGAAUAACUGAUUCACCAUUUCCUUUAAAGGAUGAGGGAGACAGCCAAGUGGACAAGGCAGCUGAAGAGUUCAUCAAGAAGUUCUAUAAGGACUUAAAGCUGCAAAAGACUGGUACUGCUUUUGAGUCACCGUACCAUGGCAUGUGGGGUAGAUGAUGAUGAAGAUGUUAUUUUUGCUACCCUUUUCGAUUUCUGGCUAAGGUUGCAUGCUCUCCGGCGGCCGGCAAAGAAUUAAUGCAUCCUCCAAGGCAAGUUGGUGCAAGCUAUUUGUCAAGAUAUUAGAUGCAAGAUCACAUGAUUAACAAAAUAAUAGCAAUGCUUCAAGUGACAUUUUUUUUGUAUGACAACUAGCUUAGCUUCUGCUAGCUAAAACACUCGAGAGGAUUAGGUGAAGGCGUGGUAUCAAGAGAUCAGCUAUUUUCCGGCAAUUAAUAAUGAUCACUUUUCUUUACCAUUUAAUAUUUACUAUCUGUUUCUUUUUCUGUCUCUAUCCACUUUGGUUCUUUCUCGUAAAUAUAUCAUGUAAACAUGGAAGAAAAUAAAUAAUAAUGAGUAGAAAAGAAAAGUUGAUACCUGGAUGAUAUAUAUUAA